GGGCCCCUUUACGACGUCCGUCGUGGUAAAAAGCGGCCAUGAUUCGCUCCUUGCUGACGCUUUCACCGCUCGUCGUGGUGGUUGCACUCACCACAUGGGGGGUUAACCCCGAGAUGUGGUAUCGCGCCACGACAUCGCUUACAGCUCUGAAAGCCAUUUACACCUUGCCAGAGGAGCAUGUCAGUGAGUUCUUGGACUCCUACAAACUUUUUAGUCAGGAACACGUGACGGGGAAGAACAGGGAAGCAGAGAACACGGUGAACUACUAUAAGGUGCUGAACCAUCUCUGCGCCGUGGGGGAGGUGGAAAAGAUGUACAUCCCGCCUGUGAUGGAUCCUCAGCUCGGCAUUUUCCAAAACCAAGUGAUCUGGGAAGAGAAGGCGGUGGCUGACAAGUUGGACUUGGGCCCCAGCUCCAAGGUCCUGGACGUUGGCUGUGGCCGGGGACGCGUGGCGCACCACAUCGCCAGCUACUCAGGUGCACACGUGACCGGGCUCAACAUCGAUCACACGCAGCUGAAGAUGGCAAGAGAGUAUGCCAACAUCACCGAGAUGAAUCAUCGUUUGAACUUCGUCCAUGGCAACUACAACGACCCCCUGCCUUUUGAAGACGAGACCUUUGAUGCCCUGUACCAGGUACAGGUUUUGACCUACACGGUGGACCCCGUAAAGCUCUUCAAGGAGAUGUACCGAGUCCUAAAGCCUGGUGCCAAGCUCAGCUUUUUGGACUAUGUGCAGCUUCCCGCGUACAACGCGUCGGAUGCCAAGCACAACGAACUUUUGUUGAAGGUGAAACCUGUGUUGGGCGCAGUGUGGACACCCAAACCCACCGACUUUACCGAGCCUCUAGAGAAAGCCGGAUUCAAGAUCUUGCUGAGUGCAGAUGCCUCUGUGGGUGGACACCAGUAUCCUCUGAUUGAAAAGGCGGACUUCUUCUUCACCCGCAUUCGAUGGGUCUUAUCCAUCCUCACCAAGCUGCGCUUGAUCCCACAGCAUUUCAUGACCCUCUUCGAGCGUUUGACAAAGGAUGGUGAGGCCUUCGUUGAAGCAGACAAGAUGGGUUUGUUCACUACUAGUUGGCAGAUCAUCGCGCAGAAGCCGUGAAGCAGACAAUUUACACUUUUGGUUUGUGAAUGAUUAAAAGUCUAAAAAGCUGGUGGAGCGAAGCUUCUUCGCCAAGGCUUUGGCAAUUAGGCAUUGCGGCAUGGCUGUUUUCUGUGGGUAAAACAUGG